AUGGGAGGUAAAAUUUCUCGACUAUUUUUUGCAAUCCUAUUCUUAGGAGUUGAAGCAGAAUUAUUAAACGGAUGCCAUCGAUACUCUAUAUAUGAUUUCUCUCAUGAAAAUGAACGUAACUCGUCGGCUAAGCUAGGAAUUGGAUAUGGCCGAAACCAAUAUCAUACUAAUCACGGUUGGUUUCGAUUUCGAAUUCGAACUGAUGUUGGCACUUAUGAUGGUAAGAUUAAGAGCUCUUGUUCAAAUCGAAUUGGUGCUCCGAUUUGUGGGAUGGAUCAAUGGCGAUGGAUAGAGGAUAAAAUACCUUAUAACGGAAGUACAAACAGUUACUUAUAUAAGCAGGACCUAUGCAUACAUGAUCAAACCAAGAUUAUAAUUCAGCAAUGUCGCCCUGGUUAUUACGUUUACUACCUACAGGUGACCGAUCUACCGCUUUAUUGCAUUGUACCUACGUCAGGCAGUAUAAUUGAUCAAGACGAUGCCAAAAUCAAUCAUGAAGUGAAAUGGCGCGCCGAGAAAGGCCCCUAUUUUAUUACGUCUUCGAUGACUAUUGGUACUAAAGGAAUUCUAACUAUCGAAGAAGGAACUAGGAUAGUUAGUGCCGAAGGAAUUAGUAUUACUGUCCAUGGUCGUUUGAUAAUACAAGGUUCUCAACUUCAACGAGUAGCUAUUGGAACUAAUGGCAAGCAAUGGCAAGGAAUAAUAAUACAUAAUACCAUACCACUAAUAACUCAGCUAAGCUACUUAGAUUUAUAUCAUGCUGGUGGAAGUAAAACUCCCGAAAAUGCUGCAGCAAUUACAGCUAGAGGAAGCAAAUUGAUUAUUAACAAUGUGGCAAUCACAGAUAGUUUUGGUAAUGGUAUUGCUCUUCAUGGAGCAAAUAUGACUAUCCACUCAUCUAAAAUAAUUAAUAGCCGCAACCAUGGGCUAUAUCUUCGUUCCAAUAGUAAUAUUGCAGUAGUAGAUUGUCGCAUCGCAAAUAAUGGUGGCUACGGAAUGAAGAGCCUCGAUAUAAAGGCUAACAUUCAUCUUGAACGAAAUAUAUUUAAUAGCAACACUAUGGGAGCUAUAGAAGUUAUCGCAGAUCAAGGAACAAUUAGUAAUAAUGUUAUUAUAAAUCAUAACAUCUCUUUCCCUCAUCAUCUUCUCUCAGCUAGUUUUAGCCGUACAAGUUCAUUUACUGAUAAUAACAUUUCUCAUAAUAUCGUUAAUGGAAAGAAAUCUUGGAUGCUUUACCUUGGCAGUCAUAUUCAAUAUUUUCAACGCAAUACUAUAGUUUACAACACUGCAGACAUUAUUACCGCCAUCUUUGUCCAGCAAAAUGUAAUCAAUGCAACUAAUAAUAUAUUUAAUAAUUUUUAUGGAAGCUUUGAACUAAUCACAUUUAAUCAUCAUUAUAAUCCAGUUGGAAGCAUUGAUCAUAUUGAUAAAGGUUAUAUCGAUGCAAGAUAUUGCUACUGGGGUAGCCGUGAUAUACUUGAAAUCGCUAAGCGAAUUCAUGAUUUCAACGAUGAUAAUCAAUUGCCUCCCAUCUUAUUUCGCCAAUUUCGAUUGAACAACGCUACAGAUAGUGCAACAGCAACAACUUCAUCUUCUACAGUUAUAUAUCACUUUGAUGCAAUUGUCAAUCAUGAACGAUGGUUAAAGAAUAAGUAUCAUGUUAUUCCGUCAGGAAUUAACCUUGCAGUCUGGUAUCCUGGCCAGUUAACCAUAGCACCAGGUUGCCAAGUAAGAUUUAAUCAUCAAUCUAAAAUGAUAGUUUACGGUUCCAUUCAAGCACAAGGCGAUAAUAACACAAGGAUUGUUUUCAUGCCCAAUAUUAAUCAAGGCUAUAAAAACAAAUUAAAUGACAAUCAUGAUCAUUUCCAUUGGCAGCUUGUAUUACAGAAUGGAUUCUUUCGCUAUGUUUCUUUUCUUCGAGGGAGUAAUAACAUGAUCGAUAUCGUUAAAAAUUAUGUCGAAUUUACAUACUGUCAAUUGCAUGGUGCUCAAGGCAAUGCCUUAUUGCUUCGAAAAGCAAAAUUAAAUAUUUCGCAUAGCUUAAUCGAAAAGAAUCAUGGCUAUGGCAUUCAAAUACAGAAUCCAAUUGGAACAAGUUAUAUUGACGAUUGCUUAUUACGAUGGAAUCAAGGAGGAAUUCAUAUAUCGGGCAGAAAUGAAUUCCAAUACAGUCAAGUAUGGAUACGUAAUAAUAUUCUAGGCAAUCAGAUAGGAAAUCAAGCUACAUUAGCCUUCAAUAUUAGCCAAAAUCGGAUGUUAACGCUGCAGAAAGAAGCAAUACAGCCCCAACGACCAGAUAUUUUCGUAAUUAAUAAUACGUUAUCCCAUAAUUAUAUAUUCAAUCAUCCCGUUAUUGAUAUUUUUCUAGCUAAAGGAAUAAGGGUUGCAUUCAAUUUUAAUUAUAUCAUACACAAUAUCGCACAAGGAGCUCCAAUCAUGUCUGUUAACUGUCAAGGAGUUGGCAAAUGGAAUGGAAGUCAAUUUAAUAACAAUCAAUUCAUGGGAAAUAUGGCAAUAAGCGUUACUAAGGAUCAAAACGUUGCCAACAAGUCUUGCCUUGGCGUAACUAUUUGUAAUCAAGAAGGCCAAAGUUCCUACCGUAACAACAUAUUAUUAAACUAUCAUAAUCGCUACGAAUUUGCUGAUGAAUCAAGCCUUCCUUAUCAUGAUUUUAUUGAUGCUCGCUUUUCUUAUUGGGGUAGUCACAAUAUUAUUGGAAUUAGCGAACGAAUUAAUGAUUUUCAACAGCGUCGUUGUGGUUAUGUUGUCGAUUUUUAUCCAUAUGCUAUGGAUAAACAGUUAAUGCCAAUCACGCCAGAAUUUCAUAUUCAUGAUAGAGAUAUUGAUCAAGAUGAAACUUGGAAUUCAACUAGACCUCAUUUAAUCUAUCGAUCUAUUCGACUUCAUGCUAAGGCUGUUCUUCAUAUUUUAGAUGGGGCAACAAUUUAUUUCUAUCCAACAACUGCAAUGAGAAUCGACGGUAAAAUCAUCGCUAACGGUACAAGGCGUCAUCGAAUUCGCUUUACUUCUUUCUUAGGCCGUCGUGCACAUCCUGGGGAUUGGCAGCAAUUAUCCAUCCAUAGCAAAUUUCAAAGUUUAUUCUCGUAUUGCGAUUUUGGUUAUGGAGGUUUAUCAUCAGCUAUGGUGAAAGUAACUGAUUUGAGCGCUGCUUUCUAUCAAUGCACCUUUGCUUAUAGUUUGCAUCCAUUGCUGCAAAGUCAUCGAUCUAUUUGUCAAAUGUGCUCUUUGAUUACAGUUGAUCCAAAUAAAUUCCAAAUCGAAUCCAAUGACAUACAUGUAGCUGUUGGCAGUGAUGUUCCACUCCAUAUACAUUUCAUCGGGACUGAUGCCGCUUGGAUAGAAUAUUGUAAGAUACGAAUUGAUGGGCUAUCAUCGAAGAUGUAUUUAUCUUAUGGUCAGCAAAUAAACGGCAGUUGGUUUUUAUCAUGCCAACAGAUUCGUGGCAAUGAUUUAAGGCUUUAUGCUAAUGAUCAAGUAGAUCAACGGCUAGGGUCGACAGUAAUAACAUUAUUUGUAUCGCAUAAUGAGAGGAUGAUAGCUCGAUCUUGGUUUUCCUUGACCCUCAUAACUGACCGAAAUUUCACUACAACCGCAAUUACAAACGAAUACCGAAAUGGGACCAGAACCGAUCAUCCUGCUACAACGGUUGUAGUUAUAAUUACAGUCUGUUCUAUAAUCCUAGCGAUGGGACUAAUUAUCACCAUCGCAACCUGGAUGUACUUUCGGUACGGAAGACGAUUUCCAUGGCAGCGAAUGGAUAAAGAACAUGAAGAGUCGUUGACUGACGGAAAAGGAAUGGCAUAG